AUGAGCAUCGCCAAAAUCGGAAAGCCCAUCGCAGCUGUCUUCCAGCAUCCCGAGGAAACGAAGGACCCAGAGGUUAGCAUCGCUGCUCUGACUACUUCCCCGAGGAAGAUCCUUGCCGAGCUGGAGAAGCAGACAAACACGAAAUGGAAGACCACGACGGUCAGCCCGGACGAGGCGAGGCGCGAGGGGCGGAUCAAGCUGCAGGAUGGCGACUACAAGGGCGCGUAUGUCGCGUUCCUUGUCGCCCAGCUUUACCAGGAUGGAGCCGGGAGGUCUGUCCUGGACGGGGCGGACAAUGAUCUGCUUGGGGUCGAGCAGGAGAGUUUAAAGGACGUCGUCAAGGGUGCACUUACCUGGGCCUAA